CACCACACUGGUUAGUGCUGUUUCAGGGUUUAUUGACCUGCUGAAGAAGCUGAGGGAGACCUCACCGACCACAUUAUCGCAAGCAGACAGACGACUUCAUCAAUUUCCUCUUGGGAAGCACAUUUUAGUACAAAGCUGAUGGGGAAAACACUUGCCGUGACUUGUGUGAAUCUGGGCCGGGCUGCAGUAUGUUUUGGGAGGUCCCAGCCACAGAGUUUUUGAAUCUCUCCCAUUUAACAGUGGUCUCUUUAAGAGGAGAGCCUUCUCCGCAUCUGCUGAUCUGUCAGCAGGCGCGGUGCCGCCCUGCUCCGCACACUCUGCUGCUGCUGCUGCACCGCACAGGACCGACAGACACCCGGUGAACCGAGGAGGGACCGGUGUGCAUGCACCUGCAGCCAGCACCAUCAUAGGUGGAUACUCGAUUCGAUUAUGGAUAAUCGAUAAUCGGAGCUAUAAAACAAAAAAAUGCACCGGGCCCGCUGUCCUCGUUAUGCCGGGUUAUGCAGGUGUAAAAGGUAACCAGGACUGAGCUGCUGCCACGCUUUAUCUCCGGAUCUCAUCAUGCAUGUUUUAUGUACAGCCAUGACAUUUUGUAAAGCUGCUUGGUGGACGACUUCUUCUGGCGCACACCGAUAGUUUCUGCCACAGUACUUCCCUCUUUGUGGUGGUUUAGCUGGUUCAGCUGGUUUCGGAGGAAGCAGCAGCAGCAGCAGCAGUUUGAUCAAAUCAAGUUGGGCAUGUCCUCGGUGUGCGCAGUGAGUGAGCUGAGCCUGGGUGAGCUGCCCAUGGAGAGCUGGAUGUCUCACCUGCCAUGUGCUCUGUGGGACACCCCCCUGUACCACCUGGCCAUCCCAGGAAGCCACAAUGCAAUAACCUACUGUCUGGAUAUGAAUGACAGAUCCCCCGUUGACCUCACCCAGCCUGACAUGCUUCAAAAGCUGGACAAAUACAUGAAGCCUCUUAUUCGCCCGUUUGUGUACAAGUGGGCGAUAACCCAGGAAUACACUAUAAAGCAGCAGCUGGACUGUGGAGUCCGAUACUGUGACCUGAGGAUUGCACACAGGCCCAAUGACAGCUCCACUGAUCUGUACUUCUACCACGGCGUAUACACCACGCUCACUGUGGAGACGGUUCUAAUGGAGAUAAGAGAGUGGCUGGACGCUCAUCCCAAAGAAGUGGUCAUCCUCUCCUUCAGCCACUUCCUCGGCCUGAGCCCGGAGCUCCACAUGCUGCUGCUCACAACCAUACGCAACAUAUUCACCUCCAAACUCUGCUCUAAAACGGAAGUGGUAACUCUUCGAAACCUGUGGUCUUUAGGCUGCUCAGUGAUUGUGUCCUAUGAACACACUAUUUCCAGCUCUCACAGCGACCUGUGGCCACAUAUUCCCUACUGGUGGGCCAACAAAUGCAAAGCUGAGGCGCUUAUCGAGGCGUUUGAAUACAGGAAACAACACGGCCGACCAGGAGGUUUCUUUGUCACAGGAAUCAAUCUGACAGAGGACCUGAAAUACAUCUGCACCCACCCAACAGAGUCCCUGAAGGACUUGGUGAUGUCCACGUACCCGACCCUCCUGAGCUGGGUCAAAGAGCAGACCCCCGGCUCAAGGGUCGGCUCUGUCAAUAUCAUUGCAGGGGACUUUAUCACAGAGAGCGACUUUGUACCAACUGUUGUUAAACUGAACGAGAAUCUACUGAAAUACUCCUCGUGACUUUUCAAUAAUUUGCAUUAUUCUACAGAAGGAAAAAAAAAUGUGAAUCGCAGCAUGAAACACACACACGAGCUUGUUUUGUUAAGAGUGACAGAAAAAAAACUACUUGAAUUAUUUAUCUGCAUAUAAAUGCACUUACUGGGGGCAGAGAAACGUACAUGUCAGUCUUAAAAGCUGCUUGAAAAGAGAUUUUUUCUGGCAUUUUGAGCUGCACUUGUUUGUUUACAUUUAGUUGACUAUUUAUGCAAUGUACUGUAUCGGUUUUCACGAGUCAGCGAGGUGGCUAGUUUUAUUUUACAGUGACCAAAGCAAUAAAGAUCCAGUUAUUCUCACCUUAAUGUAGGCAUUUUAGACGAGUAAGCACAACUUAUUCAACGAGCACAUAUGACUGUAAUGUGAACACUUUUCUAAAUAUGUGAGGCAGCAAGUUUAAGCAGUAGUUCAACUGUAUCACCUACGAUACAUGUAUUUAUUCAUAGGGAAUGUAGAGAAGAGACAUGAAACUUAUGCAAAAUGCAUGGGAAAACUUAUUUGCAUGAACCCAACCUUGACUGUUCUACUUACAAUAUACUUUAGCCAACAGGUUUCGGCCUUUAUUUAAACUAAUGCUGCACCGCUGUGCCUGUGGAGAUGAGCUUUUACAAUAAACAUGAGCAUUUUUAAAGCACAUCAUAACACGUUUAUUCACCGGAUCAUUCGGAUUAACAUGUUUCCUUCCAAGAUGCCAUGUGCUGGAUUGGUACAGCCUGUAUCACUGAGGCGUUUGUUUCACGUAUACAAAAGAAGUGUCCAUGUCUGCGGUGCUUUCAGUCCCGAAAAAGGGCCACAGCUCGGGGGGGAGCUUUUGUGUUCCCUUCCCAGUGUUCCCUUUCAAUGCUUUAGCGUUCCCUUACAAUAGUUUGAAUGACAUCAUGUGACUGAAACUCUGCUGUUCUGGGAUCCAUUCAGUUCUCUUCAUUUCCAUUAUCAGCCAACGUGGUGAAAAAACAGGCAAAUAAUCUGAGUAAACUCUGUUAUUACGAUGAGUUCUUCGUAAAAAUAAUGCAAAUAUUCAGAUAACGGCGUCUCCUGUUCUACUCAAAGGAUUUAAGUUCUCACUAAUGUUAUUGGUUGUUGUUGUAUUUAGUGUUGAGAAUGGAGUGUGCCACUGGAAUAAAUAUAGACUUUUAAUAUGUAGAAUUAAAUUACAUUUUUUUUAUGUUUUAAAAACAGAUUCUUAAAUUUGCCAAUUUCAAAGUCUGUUUCUUUAUGCAGCGUUUAAAUUAUUAAUAUUUGAGUCUUUCAAUCAUGCUGAAGUUCACAAAUAAUUUAAGCUUUUCUGUUCCUGUUCCUAUUUUCUGAUCCGUUUCAUUUGAAUUUUCAUUUUUUAAGUUUAAUUUAAAGACGUGUAAACAAUCUAGCACCUACAAAUUAAACAAAGCAGCAGGAGCUCUGAUUGGCCAGCUGUUGUGUCGGUGGGAGCUUGGCCAAUCAGAACUCCUGCUGCUGCCACCUGUAUUAUCAGUUUGAUUAUUUUAUUCCAUUACACAGACAUUAAAUAAUAUAAAUACAUACCCACAGAAUAACUGUAGCUCUCAUUCUAUACUAAGCAUUUCUCUCACCAGCAUUUAAUUAGAAAUGUAUUGAUUGAUCUAUAGUCUAUAAUUAUUCCAGUAACACUGUCCAGCAGUUGAAGAACUCUACAGGAUAAUUUAUUUGUUUCUUUUCUUCCUGCUGCAUUUAUUUGAUCAGGGAUUUUAUUUGUUCUGCUGGUUGUUGUUUUUUUCUUUUCAUCUUCUUGGCAGCUGCUGCUGCUUCAUUUUUAAACUGGUGAAUGACAUGUUGAUGAAUUUGAUCUUGAUUUACAUGACGGACGCGGGAGGAUGCGUAAAAUAAACUCGACAUCAACACUU